GGCCGCUUGGCCUGCGCCGCACCGGUCCACUCUGAUUCGGUGAUUCCGCCGCAAUGUACCAGCAGAUUUGCCGCUUCGUCCCCACCGCCCACUCGCAGCUCCCGCCGAUCCACGCCGGAGUAGGAAGGAGCUGCUGGCCGGCCGGUCGAUUUGCACCGCUGCGCCGUCAGGCGCUCGCCUCCGCCGCCACCCGACGCAUAUGCCGCCCCCUCGCCGUCUGCGCCCAGUCAGCUAGCCCCGAGACCGGUCUGAGGGUGGAUAAGUUUUUCGAAGUAGAGAUGAAGGUGCGCGACUAUGAACUCGACCAGUAUGGAGUUGUCAACAAUGCUAUAUAUGCUAGCUACUGCCAACAUGGCCGUCAUGAACUACUUGAGAGCAUAGGAAUAAGUGCAGAUGCAGUAGCGCGCAGUGGUGAGUCGCUGGCCCUCUCUGAGAUGCACCUCAAGUACGUGGCGCCUUUGAGAAGUGGUGACAAGUUUGUCGUUAAGGUGAGGCUUGCAAGCAUCAAAGGUGUAAGGAUGAUUUUCGAGCACUACAUUGAGAAGCUGCCUAACCAUGAGUUGAUGGUGGAAGCAAAAGCAACAGCUGUUUGUCUCAACAAAGACUACCGGCCAACUCGUUUACCUCCAGAGUUCCUGUCCAAGCUACAGUUGUUUUCGUCCGAGGAAAGCAGUGUUUAGGCGGCUACGUCUUCUGGUUCGAUUCUGACGCCAUGUGAGAAGAGCUGUGUCCAAUUCUCGUGUUGUCUCGGUAACACUCCUUCGAAAUAUCGGACUUGUAGCAACACUUGUAACCUGUGAUUCUAGGUCCAAAUUUUGUUGAGUGAUACUACAAUAAAUGUACCUCUCACCCACAAGGAACUGUACUGUCGGCUGUAAAGAGAAAGCAGCUCCUACAUCCCGACUCCGGGGCAUGUGCUGGUGCUUCAGCUCAGUUCGUUUCAUAAUCUGCAACUCAGCCCGUAUCUUUCAAUCUGA